ACACACAGAGAGAAAGAGAGAGAGAGAGAGAGAACGGGAGAAGGGUAACGACUAGGGAAAACACGGAAGAAGCUGGUAACUCCGGGAAAAGUUGACGUUAUAGAGAGGAAUUUUUCACUUUUGGGGAUCUUUGGAUGGGGGAAUCCCGUAAGGGCAAAGUCAAGAGCGGCAGGAGCAUCAGACAUGAAUCCGAGGUGGCGGUCUAAAGUCGAUGCUGGAUGCCAUGGAAGUCCCAAGUCAUGCUAGGCACCUCCUUUUGCAACUGAACACACAACGCACCAAGGGCUUCUUGUGUGAUGUCAUCAUCGUGGUGCAGAAUGCACUCUUCCGUGCUCACAAGAACAUUUUGGCUGCCAGCAGCCUCUACCUUAAGUCUCUUGUUGUUCAUGACAACCUCAUAAACCUGGACCAUGAGAUGGUCAGUCCAGGUGUCUUCAGGGUCAUUCUUGACUACAUCUACACAGGACGGUUAAGUGAAGGUGACCCCACCUCCCCCACUGAGCCAAAUAUAGGGGCAGUGCUGGCUGCCGCAAGUUACCUGCAGCUUCUAGAUCUGGUGGCUCUAUGCAAAAAGAAGUUGAAGAGGAAUGGGAAGUACCACUUACAUCCUAACCCUGGGUUCUUACCUUACAAGAUAGGCUCUGGUGGAAUGGGAGGACGUUUUCGAGUGUCUACUCCUGUGAUUCAAUCCUGUCUUUCUGGAGGGGUUGUGAGUGCACCUCGAUCUACACCAUUAGAGGACCUGCCUCCCCUCCCAAUGGCUCCUCACGGAGGAGAGAUUUAUGCCCCAGCUCCAACACAGGGGCCGCCACCGUACCCCCCAACAAAGGCGUCCUUGUCACCCCAGUCCAGCCUGCGCUUACCACCCACUGACAGGAACUGCUCAUCGGUCUAUGGCCUUGACCUGUCCAAAAAAAGCCCCAGUUCCCAGUCUCAGCAUUCUUCCAGUCACCCACACUUGAUAUCCUCACUGCACCCAGAUGAGGAUCCUGAGGGAGAGUUGGACCGAACCACUAGCCCAAUGCACAGCCCCAACGAUGGCUCCAGAAAAGUAGAGACAGCUCACCAUGUUGGGUCUUUAACCCCACAUGCCUUUCCCCUGUCCAACCAUCCGCUUGCACCACAUCUUCCACACCUACACCGUUCUCACGCCCAGGAGUCCUACCCCUGCCACCCCAGUCCCGAGCCCAUGGAGGACUCCAGAGAACAUGGCAGAGAUGGGUCUAGCAUCUAUCGAUGGGUGAAAAACGAACCUUCUAAUCCAGAGGAUGAAGAUGAGGAAGAUGAGGAGGAUGACAGUGGAGGAAUGGGUGAGCAGGAUAAAGACAGACAGCACCAGCACAUGAACCACCAUAAGAACGGCGAUGAAAAGAUUAACAUGAACGAGAGGGGCUACGACAGAGGAACUGUGAACUGUGAUGAUGGUGAAGAUGAGAAUGGCACAGGUAGUGAGGAGACAGGAAGCAGCGAAGGCCGUUCUUCUCCCAAUGGUGCUGGUGGAAGAUAUCACUUGCCAUACGAGCCAGAGAGUUUUGGAGAUAACCUAUAUGUGUGCAUCCCCUGUGACAAAGGCUUUCCCAGCUCGGAGCAGCUCAAUGCCCACGUGGAGACUCACAAUGAGGAAGAGCUUAACAAUGGAAGUGAGCUGGACAACAGCAAUAACAGUGGCAAACCCACUAAUGCCCAUGGACCUACAAGCUUGAAUAGCCCUAGUGGUCUCCACAGCCCCUUCCCAGAUAGCAAAUCAGUGCCAAACCACCAUCCUAUUGGACUCGGUGAGAUCAUCCGUCCGUAUCGCUGUUCUUCCUGUGAGAAGUCCUACAAAGAUCCAGCCACACUCCGGCAACACGAGAAGACCCACUGGCUGACGCGCCCAUACCCUUGCAGCAUCUGUGGCAAGAAAUUCACCCAACGUGGUACCAUGACACGCCACAUGCGCAGCCACUUGGGCCUAAAACCCUUUGCGUGUGAUGCCUGCGGUAUGCGCUUUACGCGGCAAUACCGCCUCACAGAGCACAUGCGCAUCCACUCUGGAGAGAAGCCGUACGAGUGCCAAGUGUGCGGAGGCAAGUUCGCCCAGCAGCGCAACCUUAUCAGCCACAUGAAAAUGCACAGCAGCGGAGGGGCCGGCGGAGGACUCACCCCUGAUGGCAAGCUGAAGAUAGACUUCUCCGAGGGCAUUUAUCCCUUGAGCAAGUACACAGCCGAGCAUUUGGGUCUAAAGCAGGAGAAAACCUGCGAUCUACUCACAGCCUCGCAGCACUUGCUUGCAGAUGCCAAAGCCAUGGAGAGUUUCUACCCACUGUCAAAGCUGGCGGUUGAACACCUCGGCCUGGCCGGUAAGAUAGACGUCCUGAACCAGACACUUCAAACCCAGGAGUCCCGCACCAUCGAUCGCUACUCUCCCAGCUAGAGGGGGGGGGUACCACUAAGUAAAUCUUCCAAAGAGACAUCACUGUACACCAAUCACAGUAUUCAACUCACACCUCAUCUUCAUUUCAACCUUCACAUGAGAGGCCAGAAAGUGUUUGGUCGUAAAACUGCUCAUGAACAGUGUUGACUUCUAAACGUGCCUUUGCAGUACAUGCAUUUCUUACUCCCGGAAGGAGAAAACUGUUUUAUUUAUAAUCUGUUUUGACCGUGGACGCUCAGACAAUGCAGUAUUUAUAUAAAAACAACUUCUUUUUUGUUCAAUCACCGAGCCAAACAACCAAUUGAAAACCAAAAAGAGAUUGUUUUUAUUUAUUUUUCUUUCUUUGCUUUGUAUGUUGAAAAAGCCAAAGAGAAAAGAUGUCAGAUGUUACAGAAGAGUGUUGCAAUCAUACCCUAAACUUGUGUACUAAGUGUUGUAUAUAGAAUGAAAAAGCACAUAUGAACAAUAUUCAGGGCUUCUGUCCAGAUCGGAGAGGGAAGUCUGGACCAAAGAUAAAGCCAAAUCUUUGGGAUUUUAUAGUAAUUGGAGGACUUUUUAUAGACUAUUUUCGGAGUACUGGAUCACCUGUAUCUGAUUUUCCAGCUUUGUGAAUGGCCCAGUUUUUUUCCAUACUAAAAGGGAGCAACUAACAGAAGAAAGUGUUUGUUCCAGGAUUUAGGUAAUGUGAUCUAUGCUUUUCUCUGCGUUGUAGUUAUCCCGCUUAAAGAGUUCACAGUGUCAUUUCAUUUUUUUUAUUUUUAUCUUCAGGUGUAUGGUCUUGCUAUUUAAUGCUUUUAUUUUUCCUUUUCUUUCUUCCAACUCAAACUUUUAAAAAAAUUCACAAAAAAUGUACAAACCCAAGUGCCUUUAAAGUGAUGGUUCACCCAAAAAUAAAAAGUGUGUUCAUCUACUCAUCAUCAUGUUUUAAACCUGUAUGCAUUUCUUAAAAAAAGAUAAUUUAACAAAUGAUGGUAAGCACACAGUUGACGAUACCCAUUGACUUCCAUAGUAUUUGUUUUUCCUACUAUGGAAGUCAACGGGUACCAUUAACUGUGUGAUUACCAUCAUUUAUCAGAAUAUCUUGUGUUCAACAGCAUGAAUAAACGCAUACAGGUUUAAUACAACACGAAUGUGCGUAAACGAUGACAGAUUUUUAUUUUUGGGUGAAAUAUCCCUUUAACUUGUUAUUGAAAACGUAGCGAGUGCUGCCCUGUGAUCUCACAACUGGAAUAUCUUUGCGCAUAUUCCAAUCAUGAUAUAACAAUCUGUGUCCACGUGUUUCGGUCCAUCUGGUGCUACAGACCAAGCAUGGGUGGUGCCUUUGGAAAUGGAGUAAUAUUUACAGAGGGGCAAUCCAGCCCAAAUGCUUUCAAUGAGUCCAUACGCUCCUCUAAGCUAAAUGUUUAACUUUAACAGUGAAAGCACUUUUGCCACAAAUCCUGUAUAUAUAUAUACAGUGUGAACAAACAGGGAUUUACAGUAUAGUGAAUGAUCUGGCCACACCUCUAAAAGCUUUCAAAUGUGCGAGAGGGUCUCCUCACCCCUAUUAGGGUGCAGUUAAUUUCAGGCUAAUGUGACGGUUUUAACCCGGCGGUGCCUCACACGCACACAUGUAAAUCCGCUAAUGUGACAACCAUCUGAACAUGAGGAGUUGAUCUCUCUCUCUCUCUAUUUCUCUCUCUCUCUCUCUGAUACUGUGAGCACAAAUAGCAGCAGCUGGUCCACUCAGGCUAAGCCCUGUGAAAUUUCACAUUUUCGAAGACUGUUUGCGCUUGUCUGACCCAUUGAUCAUAGAUUUUAGGCCAGCUGACCAGGCCCAUGAUCUACACGCUGCCUGAACAUUUACCCUAAUCCCUCAGCUACUGCACUAAUAUACCAUAAACUACAUUCAUGUCCAAAGCUGUACAACAAUCAAUCCAUCACUUUCACACAGUAACAAGUUAAGGUCACACUUGCUUCCUUUCUGUAGCCUUGAAAUUUAUACCUAUCAUGUUUUAAUAAAUCACGUUUUACCAUGUAUGUAAAUGUACCUGAUUGAAAACGACAACCCAUGUAUUUAAUUUUUUAAAGUAAAACAAAUUCUUGUUGACCACUAGUUACAAUUAUAACCUCAGUGGGUGAAUGUGAAGACAAACCAUGAAUGCACUGUGAAAGAACUCACAUAUCUGAAAGCUUCAGCUUGGUCAAUAUUGAACAAAUUAUUAGAAGGGUUUGGGGAAAAAUACCGAAGCUUUUCUCUGUAGCAUGUCACGAAAAGUUUUUCUUUCUUUCUUUCUUUU